CGGGGGAGGGGCGCGGCGGCUGCGGGCGCGUGUUCGCGGCGCGGGAGCAGCUGGCGCGACAUCUGAGGGAGGACCACGGGCCUAAUGAUGCGCUUCACGGUUGCGACGAGUGCGGGCGUCGUUUCUUCUGGGCGGUGGGUCUGCGCGCGCACGCCCGCGCCCACGCCGCGCCCGGAGCCCUGCACCACUGUCUGUGGCCCGGCUGUGGCCGCGCCUUCAGGCAGCCCUGCAGGCUCCGGGAACACGCCCGAGCACACACCGGGGACAGGCCCUACAGGUGAGGACUGUAGGUGGCGCCCUGCACCACUGUCUGUGGCCCGGCUGUGGCCGCGCCUUCAGGCAGCCCUGCAGGCUCCGGGAACACGCCCGAGCACACACCGGGGACAGGCCCUACAGGUGAGGACUGUAGGUGGCGCCCUGCACCACUGUCUGUGGCCCGGCUGUGGCCGCGCCUUCAGGCAGCCCUGCAGGCUCCGGGAACACGCCCGAGCACACACCGGGGACAGGCCCUACAGGUGAGGACUGUAGGUGGCGCCCUGCACCACUGUCUGUGGCCCGGCUGUGGCCGCGCCUUCAGGCAGCCCUGCAGGCUCCGGGAACACGCCCGAGCACACACCGGGGACAGGCCCUACAGGUGAGGACUGUAGGUGGCGCCCUGCACCACUGUCUGUGGCCCGGCUGUGGCCGCGCCUUCAGGCAGCCCUGCAGGCUCCGGGAACACGCCCGAGCACAC